AUGGCAGAGCAGGAAAUAUACGGCAGUAAACUCGCCGGCCAUAACCCCUCUCUACCCAAGGGGGCGUUUACUGGCUCUGGCGCCGAACAAGACAUCUACGGUGACAAGCUCGGCGGCCACACGCCGUCUCUUCCGCGCGGCUCCUUCACCGGAUCCGGGGCCGAACAAGAUAUCUAUGGGAGUAAAUUCGCAGGUCAUACCCCAUCUUUACCGCGAGGUAGUUUCACUGGUUCCGGUGCCGAGCAGGACAUCUACGGUAGCAAAUUUGCCGGCCACUCCCCAUCUCUCCCACACGCUUCUAGCUCCCCCAGAUUCGGGUCAUCUGGCGCCGAGCAGGACGUCUAUGGUUCGCACUUCAACCGCACCCCUUACCAGGGCCUCGGUACAAGUGCGCUAGGCCUAUUGCAUUCUACUGUUCUGCCAUCGUUUAGUCUGCAUGCAGGUUUGUCCGCGGUCGCAUAUGGUAUCUCCCGGUAUACGAACCGGGUUGAGGGGAAGGACUACCUCUGGGCGUCGGGCAUGACACUCAAUGCCUGGUGGAGCGCUGUUGGGUCUCGUGUUGUCUAUGAUGGUCUCUCUGUUGGUGAUGCUUGGUCUAGUCUCUCAUACUCCCAAAAACUUCUACUCGCUGGUGUUACAGCCUGGGGCGUGCGACUUACUUCUCGAGUCGUUUCCCGAAGCCUGCAGCGUGGUGAAGAUGACCCUCGUUAUGAGACCACGACAAAGGAUGCCGGUUUCUGGAACCAAGCUUUCUUCAACACUUUCUUGCCCGAGGCUGUAGCUCAGACUCUCAUCUCUCUUCCAUUCACGGUUCCUUUCCGCGCUGUUUAUGAAUGCCUUUCGGCCUCACCUGUUACGUCCUACGGUUCGCUAUUCCACGGUCUAGCUAUCUUCUUGUUCUCCACUGGAUUCGCCCUUGAGACCUUGGCCGAUGUCCAGCUUGAGUCGUUCAAGAAGAAUAAUACCGCGGAAAGCAUCAAUCGCGAGGGAGUGUGGAGCAUUGUUCGACACCCUAACUAUCUCGGCGACGCGCUUGUCCACGCCUCUUUCCCCGUUCUUCUCAUUGGCGCCGGACUUUUCCACCCCAUCACCGCUCUUGGACCCAUAGCUAAUUACGUUUUCUUGCGCUAUCUCGGUGGCGACAAGCAAAACGAGGAGAGCCAGGCGGAGCGAUAUUCCAAGCAUGAUGCCGUAAAGGCUGAGGAGUUCCAGGAAUACCGUCAGCAGAAGAACAGCUUUUGGCCCAAGGUUGAAGAGUUCUCAAAUACCUGGACACUUGGAGUGUUGGGUGUGGGAGUUGCUGGUGUCGCUCUUGAGAGAGGGCUUCGAAGUGUAAUUUGA